AAAUCAUUCACGGUCCCGGAAAUUAUGUGUGAUCCUAGUCUGCUGCUGAGUCCUCAUGUCUUCUUACUUGCACUUGCCUUCCGACACAGGGCUUUCAAAUCACCCAGUCUCAACCAGAAUCCACAUGAACUUGGACAACUACGUAUUCACCCAGGUGAAAAAGAGAUGGAGCUUGCUUUUCGUCCCGGCAUUCUCGACACCUACAUCUUCCGCAACCCCAUUAGAGAUGCAAUGGGAUACCGUAUGGGAGAGGCUCGUCUCUCUCAGGGGACGAUAAGUAAAUGUAUUUCCACGGUGGGUAUGCUUUCAGGCUUCGAGCAUCCCACGAUGGCGUACGGCCUCCGCUACAUGGCAGGGAACAGCAUGGACCGCGAUGUCAACAUUAGCAGCGCUUUACGCGAUCUGGUCAUGGACCAUGCCCCCAACUCUAUCACGUUCCAAAAGCACUACCUUCAGCGCAUUAUCUGUGCCGAUUUGUGGGCUAUUCACCGUGGUCUAGAACCACAACAGGCCCUUCUCGAACAAGCCACAAGCCUCGGCCACUCCCUGAGCCGCCGUCGGCCGAUCAACCUGACGCGGAAACAGACUGAAGAGCUCAAAAAGGAUCCGAAUUACCAGCGCUUAGAUCGAAAGUGGACAGCGGCUGUGCCGAGAUCAGAUCGGAGAAGGAAGCUCGGCCUGAAGCGUAAGGCACUUUGGACCAGAUUGCAGAAGCGGAAGCUUGACGAGAUACGUGACGACUGGGGCAAGACACAGGGGGUCGAGGACGUUGAGCGACAGAUUGCUGGGGAGGACAUCACCCAGGCCCUCGAGGACCCGCGUUCUGUGCAGCCUAUGGGGGUAGUCCAGCAAAGGAUGUUCGACGCUCUGACAUCACCCCUGGUCAAUGACCUUGACGCGCAGCUUCGGCGGAGAACCGAGGCCAUCAAGGCGCUUGUUGCAUAUUGCGGCGAGGAAGACCCUGUUGUGCCGCUGCUAGUCCGGGGCACAAUGUCUGCUUCGGAGUCCAACCCACAGCAGACCCCCAAGGCUGAGAUGCAAGAGUACAAGGAGGCAACGCUCGUUGCAUUUGGCAACGUGCGGAGAUGCUUUCUCUGUGUUGCCAAAGCUGAGAUUCUUGGGCGGUCUCAUCCUAGAUUCCGUCAUCUCUGUCACCCGUUUUCUCGCUCGGAUCAUUUGCGCGAACACUUCAUCACUGUCCAUUUGAACUACCAAGGCGAAGGUGACAGUUUCGUUUGUCCAAUCUGCAAGGUAGCGCUGAUUCACAAGAAACAUCUCCAGAAUCAUACUGAAAAAGUACACGGCAUCAAAACCAUGAGACGGAAUAACACUGAGACACGGGGCACGUAG